AUGUUUGAAGAGCUUACGCCACCGGCAAAGCAUGCCAGGCAUGGUUUCUUUGGUCGUUACUUUUAUGUUGCUGUUUCCGCCGUUUUAGGGUUUGGAUUUGUUAAUGUCUUGCUUAUUAUGGCAGUUUUUUACUAUUGGUACCAUGUAAUUAUCGGGAAAGAAAAGUCCCAAAAGCUGCCAGAUGAGAAGGUACCGUAUCCAGAUAUUAAUAAUAUGAAGCGUACUUCGGAUUUGAGGUACUAUGCAUUGGCUAUGAAGUUGGAUUUGCAGGAAUACAGAAUUACGACCGAAGAUGGAUAUAUUUUAACAUUGCACCGUUUGAUUGACCCGAACGAAACAGAGCUUCAGAGACAGAGUCGGAAGCCCGUGCUAUUGCAGCAUGGGUUACUCUCUUGUUCUGGGUCUUAUGUGACGUCUGGAUAUCAUUCAUUGGCCUAUCAUGUUUUGACUUCCGGAUAUGAUGUUUGGUUGGGUAAUAAUAGAUCGUGGUUUGAAGCUAAGCAUGCGUUCUACGAAGGCGAUUUAUUGCACAGCGAAGAAUAUUGGGAUUGGGAUAUAAGAGAAUUAGCGUACUAUGAUUUACCUUGUAUUAUUGACAAUGUUUUGGCUCAUAAACCUCAACAUGAGAAAUUGGCAAUUGUUGGACAUUCACAAGGAUGUACUCAAACGUUCUUGAUGUUGAAAAACGGUAAUUUAGUAGACUAUCAUAAAAAGGUUGAGAUAAUUUUCCAAUUGGCUCCAGCUAUUUUCCCAGGUCCAUUAUUCUACACCAGAGCAUUUAUAAAAUUUAUGCAUCACAGAGGGAAGUUGGGUUACAAAUUAUUUUUUGGAUGCUGUUCUUUCUUGAGGGUUAUUACUAUUACUCGUAAUCACUUAUGUACUACAAGGUUUUUCGGAGCAGUCUCAUAUGUUAUGUUCAAGUUCUUAUUUGGAUGGAGUGGAGUCUUAUGGAAUUCAAACAAUAAGGUUCGUCAUUUUCACUUCAUCUUCAAUGUCACUCGUGUUUCUUCUAAAUUAAUGUCUUGGUGGCUAAGCGAAUGGGUUGAAGAAGGGUUCUCAAACCAAUUACAAUCUAAAGAGUCGUAUAAAACUGGUGAAAACUUUAGUUGUACUCCCGUCAAUUCAACCCAUGAAGUAAAAGGAAAAACAGCAGAAGAAAAUGAUUCAAAAACAUACUUUCCUUAUAAAGAACAAUGGUUUGGUUUAGAAGAAAAAAGUGUCAUUGUGCCUAUGGUGGUAUUCCCUGGGCUUGAGGAUUAUUUGGUUGAUGGUAAAAGAUUAGCUACACAUAUGAGACAUUAUGAGCGUAACGUUUACAAGGAAGGUGUUAAUUUAGAUAUUCAUGAGAUUCCAGCAUAUGAUCACUUGGAUGUUAUAUGGGCAGAUAAUGUUAUCGAUUUAAUUGGUGUUAAAAUUACAGAAAAAUUAAAACUAAUUGAAAGUCAAAAUAAUGAAAAGGAAGUUUCUAUAGAAACAGACGCGGGUGCACCUCAUGUGUCAUCUUCUACGUCAGGACAAUCUGGUCAUUAA